AUGCCUCCAAAGCGCAAUAGAGUGCAAGGUGGCAAUGCCAGGAGUCGAGCGUCUGCCGCGCCGCGGGUAGGUCGCCAGACGAGAGCAAGGCCGUCGUCCGAUGACGAGACGGAUCAACCCGCUGCGACCCACAUAAGAGUGGAGGAAAGGCAGCAACCGCAGUGGACCAUGAGCAGCACCGUAAAGGACGUCCUGCGGGAGGGAAGCACUAACAGGACCGACAUGAGGCUGAAUGAUUUUCUUACGAUGGAAUUGGACGGGAGGGGCGCUUUGGACGCCAAUCGGGAUGUCUUGCUGAAGGAGUUUUUCAAGGAUCCCAAGAAAUAUAUUUGCGAUGCGGAAGUAUUGAACGAAAUGCAGGCAUCCGAUUGUUACAAGAGGAUGGAGAGGGCUGUGAGGGAUGAAAUGGAUAUGGAAGAGGAUGUACACAAGCUUUACAAUAAGGGCAUGUACAAUCUACUUGGGUGGCCAUUAGCUACUCCGGAGGUAAAGGCAAGUGCUCAUGGAGCUACUAAAAGUUUUUUGGAUGCAGCCGCCGAGGAAGCGUGGAACCCAAUGACGACGAUUGCACCGAUGUACCUGGAGGGAUUGUACGAGUCUGUGUACAAUGCGAGGUGGCAUCAUGUCGUGGAAGUCCGUGGCGGCGAGGGGACGGGAAUGAGGGUUGAGGUGGGGAAGCCCGAACAGUCAUGGAAUUACAAGGCGGUUGGCAACACCCUUGAAAAGGAUGACGCUGUGCAGCAAUCCGGUGCAGCACCUCCCAGGCUGAUGGUGCUCACCUCGGACAAGGGAUGGCCGUACACGCUGAAUGGGCCGCAUAGGUGUGGUAAUGACUUGUGUGUUAACUGCGAGGUGGAUCGAGUGUGGCAGAUCGUCAAGGGCGAUCUAAACAAGUGGCUCAGCAACUCUGACUUGACUCUCAAUCCUUCACCUUUGUUUCGUCUGUUGAUUGGGACGCCCGGGAUUGGGAAGUCGAUGGCUGCCAGCUCGUACCUCCUCUACCAGCUGCUGCAAUACGACGUCGAGAAACUCCCAGCGGUUGUCCACUGUUUUGGAACCACGAUGUACGUGUUUGACAAGACCGCCAAAACCGUGAAAAAGUACAACGGUGAGAUAACAUCCAGGAAUCUUUUGUAUGGUUUGUGGAAGCGUGGGAUGAAAGGGUAUAUUAUUUACGAUGUGGAAACGCAAGGAACACAGCCCGACCCAGGUUUUGCGCCCUCCACCGGAUGGGGCAUGAUUUUGGUGUCAUCCCCAGAGGUAAGCAACUAUGAUGGAUGGGAGGAGCAAUUAAAAGUCAGUCGAAUCAUCAUGAAUUGCCCCGACGAGACGGAUGUGAAGGCGAUGUGUGCGUGGAUGAAGCGUGACGAGACCAAAAAGAAACAAGCGGAAUGCUGGAGGAUGGUCGAAGAACGCAUGGAAAAAGUGGGGCCGAUUAUACGUCACAUCUUUGAUGCGAAUGAAUAUGGAAAACGCACGAAGGAUGUUCUGAGGACCUUGAGAUGGUUCAAUAUGGGGGAUCGAGGAAAGUACUUUACACAGGGAGGAGAGAACGAAUGGCAUUCCGAGGGUCCGUCCCAAAAACUUCUGAAGGUUGUUCGAGUGAGAGAACAUGGCCCAAUUGAGGACUUCGCUAAUGCACCUAUAUGUGUGCAUCUUGGGAUUUUAACAGUAUCUCGUUUGGCAAAGGUGCUGAGUCCGCAUGAUAUUCUUUUCCUCGUAUUGGGGAUGAAGAAUGCUAUUCAACCUGCAGAUUUGAAAAAGUAUGCUUUGAGCGUAUUCUUGAAAGAGGGGUUUGUCACUUCCAUGGUGAAGGAUCUCAAGGAGCUGCCGCCACCAUCGCCUUCCAAACCACGGUCCUCGGUGCUAACGUUAAACCCUCAUGAUUACCCCACCGAGGCAGCUGCAAUAACUGAACUGAAUUUAAUUGAUGGCCUGCAAAAAUUAAAGCGUCGGCUGCUGUACAUACCGACGUCCCCAACCUUUCCGCUGGUGGACUGCUUUUUCUUCAUGGAGUCACCGCGGAGGACUCUGGUUGGGCUGCGGAUGACGACGGCGAGUGCGCAUCACACCACCGCCAGCACAGUGCGGCAGUUCACUGAGCGUCUGGCGGCAUAUUUUGAAGGAUGGGAGGAAUUUGCUCGAGGUUUGUCGUGGGAGAUGAUUUAUGUGCAGCACGCAGACAGCACGCCGAUGAAUGACUGGCAGGGAUGUGAUUGCGUCAAUCCCAACAAUAAAAUUGACGCUGAGAAAAAAAUUGUGGCGUUCUGGGACGGGAAGGUGCACCAAUACCGGGUUAUGUUGAAAGGUAAAUUUCCAGAGGAAAUCAAAUUUUCUGAUGAUAGUCUACCAGAGGGGGAUAAAAAAAACAGGAAAAUUUAA